GUUUCCUUAUUCGUUUCCUUGUGUUGAUUUAUAAAAGGAACACACCGUCUAUAUUUCAUUAUAAUUUGAAUCGCCUGUGUUCAAGAAAGGAACUUUUAAUUUCUAUUUUAUAGCUUUAGUAGCAUAAUGGACGUGAAACUUGUGUUGCUUUUCCUUGUCCUCAUCAACCAGAUGUCGGUGGGAAGCUGUUGUGCGAAGAAAAAGAGUGGGGGAAAAAGUGCCCCAAGAUGUAAAGUUAAAGUUAUUUUGGAAUGUGACGUUUUAAGAAAACGGAGAGCUAUAGAUUCAACAAAUAUGACGGAAAGAGAGCUUUUUCAAAGGAUUGGAACAGAAUUGAACAUUAUACCUGUAGAGAACCAAUGCAAGUUUGAAACCUAUGACAGAGAUGGAGAUGAAAUGAUCAAGCAAGAGGAAUUAGAAGCCAUAUUUGGGAUCAGAAAAGAAACGAAAGAUCUUAUUGCUUUCAUGGACUUUAAAGAUAAUGAUGGUAUGAUAAGUAAGGACGAAUUUUGUGUCGCUGGCCCUCAUCUUAUAAAGGAAUGUGAAGGUUGCAUAUGCGUCAAAAUGAAUCAGACUGACACACUUUAAAUCUGGACCGUCGUUUAUAAGAAAAUGUUGUUGUUUUUAAAUUAUUUGUUUAUGCUUUGCUUUGUUUCCUAUGCUAAAUCAAUACCAAAGAACGUACAUUGUGUGUCAAUUUAAGAUGCCAAUGUUGGCGGGUGUCCAAAUCAUUAUUUAUACGUCCAGUAAAAUACCACUUGAAUAUUUUAAGGACACUUUUGUCGCUGUCAUGUUUGAUAUCUUGUUUUCUUUUACCAUUACUGUAGGGGCACUAUUUUAACAUAAACGGAAAAACUUAUUUCGCGCAUUGUCGGGUAAAAUAUUUAUGUUUCAGUCUAUAAUACCAUAUGUGCGCGUGGAAAGUAAACGUUUAAAGAUGUCUAAAACUUUACUGUUGCUCACAAUAUACAAUUUUAUCAGAAAAGGAAUGUGUUGUUCUAAAUUUCACUUAACUUGAAGUACAAUUUUACAACUAUUCGGAUUUUAAUAAAUGUCAAUCGGUGUAAGACAGCCAAUAAUUUACACUCUAUGAUAUGCAAAAUACUGGACAGGAUUUUUCUCUAUAGCAUCUUAAGUAUUUGUAUUGAUGUUUCUUGUUCUAUAAUUGUGCUUUCUUAUCUUCUUUAUUUAUUUUAUUGAAUUUGCUUUGUAAACUCAGAAUCUGUUUUUCUUAAUAUCAUACAAUUGGCAUGUUAUUAUGCACAUUUUUCAUUUGUAUAAAUAUAAUUCCAUAUGAAGAUAUUUCUUGCAUCGUACUAGGUGUGAUUCAAAAGUUGUUAUCACUUUAAUGACAACCAAUAUAUAUUAUUAAGAAACAGUGCAACAACUAAGGUUGGUCUUAUACGGACACGUGAAUUACAAAAUGUCAUGUUAAAUUAAAUACAAAAAUAUAUUAACACAUCAAACACAACAAACUCGUGCUCGUGCAGGAAGGAAAAUGAAGCGAUAAUUCUGGCGUUCGCAACUAUUCGUAAUGCUGGCCUUUGCCUGGUGUCCUCGAAAUCGGUUCAAAUAGACAAAACGUCUGUAAAAAAAUUCACACCACAUGAUACGUUUUCUUUUACCAUUACUGUAGGGGCACUAUUUUAACAUAAACGGAAAAACUUAUUUCGCGCAUUAUCGGGUAAACUAUUAAUGUUUCAGUGUAUACAGUAAAAACUCUGAAAACCGGACCCUGUCCGGACUUGACCAAAAGUCCGGUUUUCAGAGGAUUCCGGUUUUCAGAGGUUUUAUACAUUUAUUGAUAAUUAUGCUGUGUUUGAACAAUGACUUUGUUCAAUCGUUUUGUAUUUACUUUUUAACACUUUUGUCUAAGUCAUAGUUUUAUUUCUUUUUGCAAUAAAUGUCUUAAGUAAUUUUAUUAUGCAAAUCCAUGAAUAUAAUUCAGAAAAUCAGAAAUUAAAACACCACAUUGUUUGAAAUAUAUCAAAAUAUCUUUUUCAUUAGCUUUGGAAUAUGUAAUUAAUGGAAUUAAUACUAUUUAUACUAUUAGUAUUUCUGCAUAUACAUGUAAUUGAUAUCAAAACAAAUAUAACUUCAAGAUCAAAUUUAAAGCAAAACAGAAAUCAUUGAAAAAAAGUUAACCAACUCUUUUAGACAUUUUACAUUAAAAAACAUAACACAUUAAAAACAUUUUUGAAAAAUCAUAUCUUUAUAUGAUGAUAGAGCUAUAAUUUAUUUGACAAUAAGAAAUUAACAUACACUGACAAGUGUUUUCACACCUGCAUAGAUAAAAGGAGAUGACCAUUACCUUGUAAUUGAACAUGUCACCUGUUGAGAUUAUGUUUAGAUCUACAUUAAAGUACACAGAAAGUUAAAUUGCUGUCCGGUUUUCAGAUGAUUUUUGAUGCAUGUUCAGCAUAAGAAGCCAUAGAAAAUCGUCCGGUUUUCGGAAUUCAGAGGUUCUGUAAUACCAUAUGUGCGCGUGGAAAGUAAUCGUUUAAAGAUGUCUAAAACUUUACUGUUGCUCACAAUAUACAAUUUUAUCAAGUCGAGAACAUUUUGUCUUUUACGUGCGGUUUUCUAAAAUAAUAGAAUACUAAAAACAUAACCAGGGAAAAUUACUUUAAACAUUGCGUGCGGAGGGAUUCAUUAAAACGAUGAAAUUUAUUGAAUGUCAAAAUGGUUGAACCCUUUAAGGGGUUAGGUAUUGAUGGUUUAUUAGUGUUAAACAAAAUUGAGUCAAUUUGUCAUGUAAUUGGGGCAAUAGCAAAAUUUAUUUAAUCAUUCUCGUAUAUACAGGUAUUUGUAUGUAAGAAUUUUAUAAAAAAGCAUGUUUGACUUUUAGAUAGGAUAACAUUUACAACUCAUAUAUGCAUUCGCUUUUAAUUCAAACAUUGCCAAAGUUAAGAAUAUUUAGAUGUAUUAUACAAAAUAAUAAGAUAUAAUUCACCAUGAGCUUGCAAUCGUUAUUUUAAAAACUUAUAUAUUUAUAAAGAGACCGUGCCUUUAAACAUAACAUAUAUCUUAGACAAUUGUUGAAAAAAUAACAUCCAAUGCCAAAGAAACAUUAAGUUAGCAACAAUAUUUCUAUUAAUAAAUUUUUACCUUUCUAAAUUAAAUGCAUUUAUCUGAAAAAGAAUUUGUUUGUCAUUAAAUAUGAGCAAAUCAAGAUUAUAAAAGGUUCAAGAAUUUAAAUUUGUUCUUCUAGAUAUUUUCAACACUUUUAUGUUUAAAGAGUACAAAUGGACGAUGAAAUAAAAUGUGUACGGUCAACAAUGUUGUUUUUUAUUGA